AUGCAUGAAACUCAUUCUGUUUUUCAAUAUGCUUUGAGAGUUCUUUUACUUUACAUUUCAAAUAUGAUUGAAAGAUUUAAAAUUUGUAGCACAAGAUUGGUGAAUAGAAUCAGCAAGAACUCAGUAAGCUCAUUGCUACUCCUGUUCUCUCUGCUCCAAACAUCUGCUCUUGCAGUUAAAAAGCCAUAUAUAGUGUACUUGGGAUCGCAUUCACAUGGCCCAGAAGUUUCAGCUGUAGACCUAGACCGCGUCACGGAUUCUCAUCACCAUUUCCUUGGAUCAUUCUUGGGAAGUAAGGAGAGAGCGAAAGACGCCAUAUUUUACUCAUACAAAAGGCACAUCAAUGGUUUUGCUGCAAUACUCGAAGAGCAAGAUGCUGCCCGCAUUGCCAAUGAUGAGAGAGUGGUGUCAGUGUUCUUAAACCAAGGGAGAAAUCUGCACACAACACAUUCAUGGGAUUUUAUGCUAUUGGAGAACAACGUCAACGGCGUCCUGCAUUCCUCCUCCUUCUGGGAAAAGGCCCGAUUCGGUGAAGACACCAUCAUCGCUAAUCUUGACACUGGGGUUUGGCCGGAAUCACAGAGCUUCAGUGAUGAAGGUUUCGGACCCAUUCCGUCUAAGUGGAAAGGACGCUGUCAGAAUGACUCCGCUGUCGGCGUUCGUUGCAACAGGAAGCUAAUUGGAGCUAGAUACUUCAACAAAGGUUAUGUUGCCAAUCUAGGCCAUCUCCCCUCAUCAAACUCUGCACGCGACCAUGAUGGUCAUGGAACCCACACACUGUCAACGGCGGCCGGGAAUUUUGUCCCAAGAGCAAGUGUAUUUCAGUUGGGCAACGGAACAGCCAAAGGUGGUGCACCCAAAGCCCGGGUGGCUGCGUACAAAGUAUGCUGGCCACCGGUCAAUGGCAGUGAAUGCUUUGAUGCAGAUAUAUUGGAAGCCUUCGAUGUGGCUAUACACGACGGCGUUGACGUGCUAUCAGUGUCCCUUGGUGGUGACCCUACUGAUUAUUUCAACGAUGGCCUCUCCAUUGGAGCAUUCCAUGCUGUUAAGAAUGGUGUUGUUGUGGUUUGCUCAGCUGGAAAUUCUGGACCAGCAGAAGGAACUGUUUCUAAUGUUUCGCCAUGGAUGAUUACUGUGGGAGCAAGCACCAUGGAUCGAGAGUUCCAAGCUUAUGUCGAACUUCAGAAUGGGUUGCGCCUCAAGGGAGCAAGCCUAUCUAAACCUCUCCCAGAAGAUAGAUUUUAUCCUCUUAUUAACAGUAAACUGGCUAAAGCUGCUAAUGCAUCUGUAAAUGAUGCUGUGCUGUGUAAGGGAGGAUCACUGGAUCCUCGGAGGGUGAAGGGUAAGAUAUUGGUUUGUCUUAGGGGGGAUAAUGCUAGAGUAGACAAGGGCGAGCAAGCAUGUCUAGCUGGUGCUGUUGGUAUGAUUCUUUGCAAUGAUAAAGCUAGUGGCAAUGAAAUUAUUGCUGAUCCUCACGUGCUUCCAGCAUCGCAUAUUAAUUUUACUGAUGGUCUUGCUGUCUUCAGCUACAUCAGUUCCACAAAAAAUCCAAUGGGCUUUAUCACACCCCCAACCACAAAACUUGGUAUAAAGCCUGCCCCAUUUAUGGCUUCUUUUUCAUCCAAGGGUCCAAACACUGUCACACCAGAGAUACUGAAGCCUGAUAUUACUGCACCUGGGGUAAGUGUCAUAGCUGCCUACUCUGAAGCAGCAAGCCCUACAGACGAAGCCUUUGACAAGCGCCGGACUCCCUUCAAUGUAGAAUCUGGCACAUCCAUGUCUUGCCCUCAUGUUGCCGGAGUUGUUGGCCUUCUGAAGACAGUCCACCGAAACUGGACUCCAUCUGCCAUUAGAUCGGCAAUCAUGACUACAGCGAGGACUAGAGACAACACCAUGAAUCCAAUGCUUAAUGGGUCGUUCAUUAAGGCGACACCAUUCAGUUACGGUGCAGGACAUUUGCGACCAAAUCGUGCCAUGGAUCCUGGUCUGGUGUAUGAUUUAACUGCUAAUGAUUACUUGGACUUCCUCUGCAACCUCGGGUAUAACCAAACCUUGAUUGGGUUCUUCUCCAAUGAUGCUUACAAAUGCCCCAAGUCCACCAGUCUCCAAGACUUCAACUACCCUUCUAUUACAGUUCCUCAUCUCUCAGGGUCCAUCACAGUGACUAGAACCGUGAAGAAUGUUGGUUCACCAGCCACAUAUACAGCCCGUGUUCACGAACCAACUGGUGUUUCUAUAUCUGUUGACCCCAAGGUAUUGGAUUUUGAGAAGAUGGGUGAAGAGAAGAGCUUCAAGGUGACCCUAAAAGCCAAGGGAGCUAAAUGGCCGGAAGAAGGCUAUGUGUUCGGAAAGUUGAUUUGGUCGGAUGGGAAGCACUAUGUGAGAAGUCUCAUUGUUGUUGCCAAGAAGAAGCCAAGACGGAAGGGAUCAGUGGCUGCAGGAGUUCAUUAG